AUGCAAAAAAAGAUAAAAAAAAAUAUAAAACAAAGAUUAUUAUUUAAAAAUUUAGAAAAAAAAAGAUUAAUUAUAAAAAUCAUUGCAAAUAAUUUUAAUUUAAAAAAAAUAAUUCGAUGGAAAAUUGAACAGAAAUGGUUUAAUUUUGAUAGAAAUUCGUCUCUAACUCGAAUUAAAAAUAUUUGUAUAUUAACUGGUAGAUCACGAAGUGUUUAUAGAUUUUUUAAAAUAUCUCGUUUACAAUUACGUAAACUAGCUUCAACUGGAUUUUUACCUGGAAUUUCUAAAUAUAACUGGUAA